GUGCGCCACGCCCAGCUAGCGGUAGCUCGUCAGCUUGAGCCGGAUCCGUUACACCGGUUUUCUGCUUCAGUCGGUGUAGUUGGUUUGAAUCAGUGACGUCAGUGGGCUCUACAUCAUGUUCAGCUGGGUGAGUAGCGAUGCCCGGAGAAAGAAGGACCCGGAGCUGUUCCAGACCGUGUCCGAUGGGCUCCGUAAGCUGUACACACAAAAGUUGUUGCCCCUGGAAGAAACUUACCGCUUCCACGAAUUCCACUCACCGGCUUUGGAAGAUGCAGAUUUCAGUAACAAGCCCAUGGUACUGCUGGUGGGCCAGUACAGCACGGGGAAGACCACCUUCAUUCGCCACCUCAUGGAACAGGACUUCCCCGGCAUGAGGAUCGGGCCUGAGCCCACCACGGACUCCUUCAUCGCAGUAAUGCACGGCCCGGUGGAGGGGGUAGUGCCCGGUAACGCACUCGUGGUGGAUCCCAAAAAACCCUUCAGGAAGCUGAGCGCGUUCGGAAAUGCCUUCCUUAAUAGGUUUAUGUGUGCGCAGAUGCCUAACCCUGUGUUAGAGAGUAUUAGCAUUAUAGACACUCCAGGUAUCCUGUCCGGGGAGAAGCAACGAAUCAGUAGAGGUUAUGACUUUGCAGCAGUGCUGGAGUGGUUUGCCGAGAGGGUGGAUCGCAUCAUUCUGCUCUUCGAUGCUCACAAGCUGGACAUUUCUGAUGAAUUUUCAGAAGUCAUCAAAGCCCUUAAAAACCAUGAGGACAAAAUCCGUGUUGUGCUGAAUAAGGCUGACCAGAUCGAGACCCAACAAUUAAUGAGGGUGUAUGGGGCCCUAAUGUGGUCUCUUGGAAAGAUCAUAAACACUCCUGAGGUGGUGCGGGUUUAUAUUGGUUCGUUCUGGUCACAUCCUUUACUAAUUCCUGACAAUCGCAAACUAUUUGAAGCAGAAGAACAGGACUUAUUCAAGGAUAUCCAGUCUCUACCUAGAAACGCAGCUCUACGCAAGCUGAAUGACCUAAUUAAGCGAGCAAGACUAGCUAAGGUCCAUGCCUACAUUAUAAGUGCUUUAAAAAAAGAAAUGCCAAAUGUCUUUGGAAAGGAGAAUAAGAAGAAGGAGCUGAUACACAAUUUGGCUGAGAUUUACAUAAAGAUAGAAAAAGAGCAUCAAAUCUCCCCUGGAGACUUCCCUAACCUGAAGAAGAUGCAGGAGCUCCUGAUUACGCAGGACUUUGCAAAGUUCCAGUCCCUGAAACCAAAGUUGCUGGACACAGUAGAUGACAUGUUGGCUAAUGACAUUGCCCGACUAAUGGUUAUGGUGAGGCAGGAAGAGUCUCAGAUGACCAACCAGGUGGUGAAGGGUGGUGCAUUUGAGGGUACAAUGAAUGGGCCUUUUGGGCAUGGUUAUGGUGAGGGAGCAGGAGAAGGCAUCGAUGAUGUUGAAUGGGUAGUGGCUAAGGACAAGCCCACAUAUGAUGAGAUAUUCUACACGCUGUCACCAGUCAAUGGGAAGAUUACAGGUGCCAGUGCCAAGAAGGAAAUGGUAAAGUCUAAACUACCCAACACUGUGUUGGGCAAGAUCUGGAAGCUGGCAGAUGUUGAUCGAGAUGGGCUCCUGGAUGAUGAGGAGUUUGCACUGGCUAAUCACCUAAUUAAAGUAAAAUUAGAAGGUCAUGAGCUACCAACUGACCUCCCCCCUCAUCUUGUACCGCCAUCUAAAAGGAGGAACGAGUGAAGCAACACACACACAGCUUUGUUCCACUUUUUCAAUAUUAAACAUCUCCCUGAAAGAA